AUGAUCGUGUACAUGAGGACGAUGAAGAUACUGGAAGAGGAAAUUAAAGGCAAACAUCAGAACACCUCAUGUCAGAAACAAAAAGUGGAAAUGAUUUCUGCGCUAAAGAUGUCAUCGGAUGUAUGGCAGAUUACGCAACUGAAAUACCCGGAGGUUAAAAGGGCAGCGGAUGUGCUGGCUGUAAUGAUGAGAAAACUUGAUGCGGCUUAUGUGGCACUUGGGAAGUCACAAAUGUCUUGGGAUAUGGAUCUAGGCACAAAUGAUAUUGGCUCGAUGGGAGGUUUGUCUUUGGAAGAUGGAUUCACAAUAAAUCAAACCACUACAAACCCACUAGGAGCGGACACAUGGUCUAUGACUUCCCCUACUCCCGCUUCAAAUUCCUCCUUCAUGAAUUUAGAGACCCCCAAUCCAUUCUCUCUCAAACAAAUCCUCUCAAUGAGUCCGCCCAACCUGUUUGAUAAUCAUAUAAGGUCAGAUGCUAAUCAUUUACCGACGGACGGUCAGCAUCUUCCGGACAUAAAUCUUGGCGUGGACGGGAUGAAUGAUUUUGAAUUUGGGUUUGUUUAA